AUGAUGCGCUCUCAGAGACUAGAACGCCCCAAUCCCCAGGAAGAUCACGAUCUGGCUCCUGGAGGCUGGGCACUUGUGUUGCCGGCGGUGAACCUGGUGGUGUCUACGAGUACGCAAAAGAACAUGGAAUUCCACACGAGACCUGCAACAACUAUCAAGCCCGUGAUGGACGAUGCGAUCCCUACAAUCGAUGCGGGUCAUGCUGGCCGGGCGACUGCUUCUCAAUCAAAAAACUAUACUCUUUACAAGGUCAAGGAGUACGGAACAGUAAGAGGAAUGGAUAAGAUGAAAGCAGAAAUUUACCACAAUGGUCCGAUCGCAUGCGGAAUCGCUGCUACAAAGGCGUUCGAAACGUACGCAGGAGGAAUCUACAAGGAGGCCACCAAUGACGAUAUUGACCACAUCAUUUCUGUUGUGGGAUGGGGUGUUGACCGGCAUGACAGUGAGUCGAGUACUGAUUGGACAGAAACUCAUGGGGUCGCGCGCCUGGGCGAACAAGGAUCGUUUCGGUGGGUCAACUCCCACUUACAAAGAUGCCGGAAGCAAAUACAAUUUGAAGAUCGAGGAGGACUGCGUGUGGGCGGAUCCCAUCGUGGAUUGAGAUGGAAUUCGAUCGGCGGGAUUUUUACAAUAUCUGUGAAUAGCUGA